AUGUUUUUAAGUACAAUUCAGAAAUGUUGUAAUACAUCCGCAUGCAUUUCUACACUCGCUGUAAGGACUGCAUCAUAUCCAGGCUUGCAUUUGCAGUCAGAUUCAGUAUCACUUGAUCAGUGCCAUUCGAUUGAUGCUUGUCUAAGAACAAAGCUGUCGCUCGAAAAAAAUCCUCACGAUCUACAAAUUGAAAAAUUAAAGUCAGCGGUUACGAAAGAUUUUCCGGAAUAUCCCGAGAAUGGGAAAUCUCAAAUUCCGAAAGAAAAUUCGGAACAUUCUCAAAAACAGAAUUUAGUACAAACGGGUUCACGAAAAGAGUUUUAUCUACGGGAAAAUGAAGUCAAAAUGGCAAGAAGUACAGGAAUUGGCAUCGGUGAUGAAAGACUGGAAGCAUAUUUGAUGAAUGCACUACUAUCGAAAUCUUCGGAUGGAAAUACGCUUAAUGGUAUGAACAUCUCUGUGUUUGACUUACAUUCAAGGCGUUUUGUUGAACGGCUACUAAGUGCUGGUGUUUCUAGUCUUUCCAUCAUUGAAACAUCACAACAUGAAGCUCAGAAAGCGAAGGAAUAUGCAGGAAGGAUGCGAAAAAAGAAAGGAUUAUUAGUUGGAGCAUAUCGAGCCAAUAUGGAAUCAUUGUUUCCACUUUGUACACGGAAGAAGCAAGCACCAUUCCCAGCUAAAUUGCUCUUUGCUAGCCAGCAGCUUAUGAAGGAUGCCAUUAAUCCGUUUACGUUACUUAAAAGGAAUACCGAGCAAAUUAAUGACGAAUCUGGUAACAAACAAAGAUUUGCGCCUAUAAUAAUAGGCUGUUUACCUUCAGCCACUCAACAGUCUAAUAUGCUUACUUCAAUGAUCUUCAAUUUAAUCAUGCAUUUAUGUGCAAUGAAAACGGACACAAUGUUUCAGUACGGUCCCGUACAGUUUAUUACAUUUCUUUCAGCUGGAAAUUUUGCACUGGCAACUUGUGCCAUGGAUCCCAAUAUGCAGUUUGUAUCGAAUGGAAGUAAACACAAGUCAUGGCUACUCAAUAAAUUAUUUACCGUUAGGCCAAUAUCUGGUUAUACAGGAUUUCCACGCGACAGUUUCAGUCCUCCGUUUCCGCUACCCAAAUCUCUCCCUUAUGAGAAAAAAUUCAGUUCGAUUGGUAUUACGAAUGAAAAUCUAUUUGGUGUAACAAUAGAGCCGAAGAGCGAAAUUGAUAAUGAUCAUCUGAAUUCAUUAGUCAGUUCUAAUGAGGAAAUCUUAAUAAAGUACGCAUUCUGGGUUAUUUUUACGGGCAAAAUGACUUCUAAAAUAAAAGUUGCUCAAAAGCUCAGGGAAUGGUUUCCAAAAGCAAGUAUGGAUCUAAGCUCUGUUGUUGAACCAGAUGCUAAAGUUGCUGAUUUGCAGUUAGAAGAUUUUGAUAAAAUUUUUUCUUUGCUGCACAUGGAAUUAAAUGAUAAUUUUACAUAUAUCAAUGAGCUGAGGAAUUUCUAUGCUCACUUUAGGCCUGCAAUUGAAAAUGCUAAAUUUGCGGAUUAA